CUCUCUCUUCGUAUCCUUCUCUCCUCCUCCAUCCCAAUGCUGUCUCGACCCCAGUGAUCUCUUCUUCUACAUAGGAUUCUCCUAUAAAUCCCUCUCCCCUUCGCUUCCUCUGCGAUUUGAUCCAAAAGGGUUUUGAUGAUGGAUUGGUGAAUUUGGCAUUGGAUUUAAUCUGGGAAGUUUUGUUUAGUGGUUGUAAUUGAGAUUGGAUUGGGAUAAUGGGGGCGAGUUGUUCGAAGAAAUCAGCAGUGGAUACGUCGCCGAGCGAGAGGAUUGCUCGUGCCAUUGGACUUGGGGACAGGGAUGUGGUGGGUUAUCACUCUCAUGGGAAGAGAGGAAUGGAGGAUGGUGUGGGGAAAUCUGAAGCUAUGGAUGCUAGGGAGAAGUUGUUGUCUAGAGAUCUUUCACAGAAAUCUAAGUCAAUGAAAUCCAGGCCGGUCGGGUAUGGAAGGAAUGGAACAAUCAAGGUUGCAGAAAUGGGUUCUCGUUUGGGCAGGGCUAGUUCUCUGGGGCUUGGCAAGGCAGUGGAGGUCUUGGACACACUUGGUAGCAGUGUGACAAACCUAAACAUUACUGGUACCUUUGCAUCAGGGAUGACAACAAAAGGCAGUAAAAUCUCCAUUUUAGCUUUUGAGGUGGCCAACACUAUAGUCAAAGGUGCUAGUCUCAUGCAAUCUCUUUCCAAGGAAAAUGUAAGACGCUUAAAAGAAGAAGUCCUCCUCUCAGAAGGCGUGCAAAAUUUAGUAUCGAAAGAUAUGCAUGAGCUACUGAAGAUUGUUGCAGCUGACAAAAGGGAAGAACUGAAAGUAUUUUCUGGUGAGGUGGUCCGUUUUGGAAAUCGUUGUAAAGAUCCUCAAUGGCAUAACUUAGAUCGCUAUUUUGAGAAGCUAGGGUUGGAAGUUACACCACAAAGCCAGUUGAAAGAAGAGGCACCGGGUGUGAUGCAACAGUUAAUGAGCUUGGUUCAGUACACCGCUGAAUUAUACCAUGAAUUGCAUACGCUGGAUAGAAUCGAACAAGAUUAUCGGCGAAAACAUAAGGAAGAGGAAAACAUAAAUGCGGGUCAGAAAGGCAAUGGUCUUCAAAUUCUCAAGCAAGAGUUGAAAAGGCAAAGGAGACAUGUGAAAAGCUUGAAAAAGAAGUCACUUUGGUCCAAGAUUUUGGAAGAGGUAAUGGAAAGGCUCGUUGACAUAGUCCACUUUUUGAAUUUGGAAAUCCAUGAUAACUUUAGUUCUCCUGAUAAAUCAUCAAUAAAACCUGUCAACGCUCAUCAAAGAUUAGGUUCGGCUGGGCUUGCAUUGCACUAUGCAAAUAUUAUCAGUCAAAUUGAUACUCUUGUAACCCGGUCAAGUACAGUUCCUUCGAGUACGAGGGACGCAUUAUACCAAGGAUUGCCUCCCUCCAUGAAAUGUUCUCUACGCUCUAAAUUGCAAUCUUUACAGCUGAAAGAAGAGCUCACUAUUCCUCAGAUAAAAGCUGAAAUGGAGAAAACAUUGCACUGGCUCAUUCCUCUUGCGAGUAAUACAACCAAAGCACACCAUGGUUUUGGUUGGGUUGGAGAAUGGGCAAAUACAGGAUCUCUUUGUUUCAGCUCUGAGCUAAUUGAAAGGCCUGCUGGGCAUUCCUUAAUUCGAAUAGAGACACUUCACCAUGCAGACAAGCAAAGGACCGAAACUUACAUUUUAGAUUUGGUUAUAUGGCUUCAUCAUCUUAUAAGCCAGUCUAGGCCAGGCAACAGAUCUCCGAUCAAAUCUCCGGUUCGCUCCCCGACUCUGAACAACGCGACAGUCUCUCUGCUUACAAAUAAAAAUCCAUAUUCGUCGCUUACUCAAGAGGACCAAGAAAUGCUACAGGAUGUUACACUCAGAAAAUCGACACCAGGAAUAAGCAAAAGCCAAGAAUUCGACACCACGAAAUCACGGUUAAGCAAGCACCAGAAAUUAUGCAAAAGUAGCAGCCAUUCUCCAACCAGUGGAUAUGAAAAGGAUUUAGUAUCAAGGCGGUCAUCCAUGGUGCCUGUCAUAAAUUUUGACAUAGAUAAGAUGAAAGCUUUGGAUGCAAUUGACAGAGUGGACACCCUCUGCAGGCCAUGAAUUCAAUGAAAGAAAAAAAGCCGAACUUUCGGCUGAUUGAUUCAAGCAUUGCUGAACCAACCUGAGUUUGAGGUUUUUUUGUUUUUUGCCUUCUCUAUAUGUUCUCUUUGAGCUUUGUGUUUAGUUAUAGGAUUCAACCUGGUUGGUUUGUCAUUUUAUUAAGGAGUUCAAUGAGAUAUAAAUCUUUCAGGUGUCA